GGUUCUCGGUCACUGGCAAUGUAGAGAAGGAAUCGAAAUGGCUGUGCAUCAACAGAGUUUGGCGCACGAAGUGCACAACUUCGUGAAAAACGCCCACAGGCUCAGGGGUGUGCUGUCAGAGACGGAAAGUAUGUUUAAAGACAUCAAUACGUGUGGGAACUUCGACCAAGAACAAACCGUUGUUGCCGAGAUCCUUGCUGAGGAACGCGGGGAAUUGGAGCACGUUUUAAGUGACCCGCCAUGUUUUAUCAUCCUUGGCCAAACUUGCUACGCAAAAGCUAGCGUAGUUAAUGAAGUAUUUAACCAAACAGUGCUGCCUCCUAUUGACGAUGAAGACUUUGACACAAAAUGGCGGAUGGCACGAUUCAAAUACGGUGAACAAAGAACUAUCAGUCGAUCGAUACCAGGGAGUUACGAACUUGUAGAUAAUUUAACUGACAAUUAUCAUUCAUGGCGAACAAUCCCCAGUCAGGAUUUAGUACUGCGUGAUUCUGAGGCCAGGGAACCGGUGGGAACUCUGCCUUGCUUAGAGGUGAACCUCAAACAUAACGUGCUGAAGGAUGACGUUCAGGUGAUUUUAUCCCCGACCAACUGUUCAGCCUCUCUCAGUGAAAUGGUGGCCUUGUACAAGGAAGAUGUCUUACCUAUUGUGAUGUAUGCUAUUGGUGCUGAUCAGCUGACAGAGAAGGAUCUAGAAGAGCUGAAGGAAUUGCAUGAAGCAGAACCGGAACUGCCUGUAUUUUUUGUCCGGGUACCACCUCCGCUCCCCCUGGACCUGACGGAUGGACCAAGUAGGGUAAAUGGCGUCGGCCCAACCAAUGAUUAUCGCAACAGUAACAGUAAACGUAAUUCCAAGAGAAACUCUGCUGAAUACAAGAUAGGACUGAAUCUUUUCCAGCAGCUUUGUGAUAUAGGUUUCCUUAGUAUGCUUCCAACAUCCACAGAACAGGUGCUCCAAACCCUGAGCUCGUCCACAUCUAGUGGCUCAGGAGAGCACGUUAUCAUGGAGAGCGAAUUGUUGGAGAACUUUGAUCAGUUUACGCCUUCGUUAGUGCAAUACACUCAGCGUGUACUACGGCAGAUGUUAGUGGCCGUUGCCGGGGUGAUGAACCAAAUACAUGGACGCUGCUUGAAAAUGAUUAUCAUGACGGCGUUUGACAUGCAGAGAGACAUGAUGGUGACGCCGCGCAGAUUGGAGUUUGCGCGUGAAAAGGAGUGUGAGUUAUACAACUCACUUAUGGACAUUGCCAUGAAGAAGCAGGACGAGAUAAAGACGAUCAUCGCAGAGACAGUUCAGGACAUGAAGGAAAAAUUGGUAGCGAAAGCUGCAGAAUACGAUUUCAUAGGGGUAGACAUCAGUGAUUCCGCAGAGAUUCGUACAGCGCGGGACCUGAAAAUCUGCACGGGGCAGGUAGAAGAGCUGCUGCUAGGAGCCCUGAAUAACGCCAUCGCGGGCAAACUGGUAGAAUCUGUGGACAUACUACGAGACAGUUAUACAGGGACACUCACCAGGUGCUUGGAGAGUUUAGAGAAGGCUGACAGGGACAAUAAUGAACAUGCUUCAACAACAGAGGCACUCAAGCAGAUCAUCAAUGCAGCCUACCAGGUGGAAAUCACAAUCAGAACCAGCUCCUCCUUUGUCAGAAUACUUCUAGAGAAGAUGAAACAGCUCAUUCAGUCCAUGCCCUGGAAGACACCACCAAGAGUAGACGAGAAUUGGAGGAAAAAGAUGGCUCAGGACAUGAUCAAAAGCCUUAGUGAAGCAAGACUUGCCAAAAGCAUCUGUGCACAAUUCAAGGAGCGGCUCAAGAACUCCCACGAGCAGUUCUCUGCUGCCCUUAAACAGCUUGAAGCAAAGCAUUCUGGGAGACUGGAGAAGACGGAGGAACAGCGACUGAAAGUGAGGAAGAUCCAUGCUCCAAAAGUUGCUAAACUAGCCCUUGAAAGUAUAUCAAUGAAGGAUUUUAUCUCAUUUGGCAUGCCUCAGCUAGGUCGUGAGAUUGGCCGAGGUCAGUAUGGUGUGGUGUACUCCUGCGAGAACUGGGCCGGAAUCCACAACUGUGCCAUCAAGUCAGUGGUGCCACCUGACGAGAAACACUGGAAUGAUCUGGCGCUGGAGUUUUUCUAUACAAAAAAUGUCCCAGAGCACCCUCGUGUAGCCGGUUUACGUGGCUCAGUGAUUGACUACAGUUAUGGCGGGGGCUCCUCUCCCGCUGUCUACCUCAUUAUGGAUAGAAUGCACAGAGAUCUGUACGCUGCCAUUAAGACUGGACUUGACUGGCAGAGCAGGUUACAGGUAGCCAUAGAUGUUGUAGAAGGUAUGAGGUUUCUCCACAGUCAGGGACUUGUCCACAGAGACAUCAAACUGAAGAAUGUGCUGAUGGACAAACAGAAUCGAGGUAAAAUCACAGACCUGGGUUUCUGUAAACCUGAGGCUAUGAUGAGUGGAAGUAUCGUAGGAACGCCUAUCCACAUGGCACCUGAACUCUUCAGUGGGAGGUACGAUAACAGUGUGGAUGUCUACGCCUUUGGGAUCUUGUUCUGGUACGUUUGUGCGGGACAUGUCCGACUGCCGUUUGCAUUUGAGCAGUGUACGAGUAAGGACCAGCUGUGGAUGUCUGUGAAGAAAGGCAUGCGCCCAGAAAAGCUCCCCCAUUUUGAUGAGGAAUGCUGGGAACUGAUGCAAGCGUGUUGGGCAGGUGACCAGAACAAGCGCCCUCUGUUGGGAGAUGUUGAGCCGCAGCUGAAGGCCAUCUUGGAACGGUUUAAGAUCUCCCCCGCGGCCCACAUGGCACCAAACAGUAAAGCUUUGCAUAAACUGUUGAGCACCAAUCUAUAGGAGUUAACACACAAGGCCUGCGUUAUCUACUCACCCUCUUCUUACGGUGUCUGUGUGAUGUCUGUUUCAAAUACAAACUAUUAUAACGAAUGCACGGGCUAUCAGUCAGGUGUUUGCCAUAUGCAUGUGCGUGAAGCGCACGUGGAUGCCACGUAGAUCUGGCUUACGAGAAGAAAAGCUACACACAAGCAUGUAUGCGUGUAAGGUUCAAGGCUUUGCUUCUCAAAAACUGCUGUGGUGUUAACUGUUUAAAAAACGUGGAGCUGGAGUGACUGAAAUCACGAUCAAUAUUGAACAAUUGCUGUAUGGACCUGACCCUGGAUAGUACUGACCUGGUGGACUGUUUACACAAAUUCUGGUGGAUCACACUGUUUAAAUGCCAGGCUGGCCCUUGGCAAUCCUGGCUCGUUACCAGAACCAUUCCAUUUGUCUAAAUUAAUAGCACAACACUAAAAGCUGUAUAUAAGUACACGUUGGAUUUCUCAUUCUGAUUUAUAGCACAAAAAGAAGGCAAUUACUGGUAGUUGUGCAAAGAUAUCAUCUGAUUAGGUGCUCUUUGCAAACAUGAUUUUCUUCCAAUUCAAAUCGAAUAUUUGAAAGGGGCCCCAGGGCCCUCAAAUGGGAAGAUCAAAGAGCCAUUUCUUUCUACUUUUUUCUUCCAACCCAAAAUCAUGUCUGUCUUUGAUACAGUCUGUGUUGGUUCUGUUACUCUCAAGGAAUCAGAUGCGGUCCUGGCUCUUAUAGUGGUUAUAUCCAGUUCAAACUACCAUACCCAGUCUGUUCCAAUAACUCUAAUAGCCUCCUGGACCCAGCCUAAGGUGCUUCAGGACGUGAGGGUUCAGAAUCUACUGCCUCAGAGCAGAAACCAUGACCUGCAGCUGAACAGUUUUACCAAAAUUCAGCUCAGAUUCAAUUUUACUGACAUUUGGUGUGGAGUCAGUAGCUAUUAACAUUGCAGGUGGCAGCACUGUAGAGAUUUCAAAUAAUCACUGUCUGGGUUUUAUUUAACAGCAAAAUAAUUUUAAGUUCUGCCAAAAAUCUUGUUGGACAGGAGAGAUAAUGAGGGUGUGGUCAGUAAGGGGCCAAUGGCCAUU